CAUCUCAACUACCGAUUGUCGUGUCCCAGGAUGGAUUCGAUCCUGGAGUGCGAAACCUCCUGGAGAGCUCAAGAUGGGCCUCGGUCGUGUGGGUGCCCACGAUUGUCGGUAACGCAUGGAUCAGUCAGAUAUAAUAUGCGACAUGAACAAGGGAAUGGUAAUGGUUACGAGAAGCUAGCACAACACUAUGGCUGGGCCCUCGGCAGAAUGUUUGAGUAUCUUGGCUUCAAGCAGGUCAUCAUCCUUGAGGAGGACAUGGAAAUCGCGCCUGAUUUUUUCAACUACUUCCUAGCAACUUCGCCUCUCAUCAACGCAGACCCUAAACUCUACUGUGUGAGUGCCUGGAAUGACAACGGCUACGGCUCGUCCGUUGAUGACCCCGAAAUGGUGUACCGUAGUGAGUUCUUCCCGGGUCUCGGAUGGAUGCUGACUGCAGAUUUGUGGGAUGAAGUGAAAUCCCGAUGGCCUUCUGGCUACUGGGAUGAGUUCAUGCGGCGACCUGAUGUUCGUAAGGGUAGACACUGUCUCAGACCGGAGAUAAGCCGAUCAUACACGUUUGGUGAGGAAGGACAGUCGCAAGGGCAAUACUUCGCAGCACAUCUCUCACGAAUAAAACUCAACACUGAGCGCAUCGAUUUCGUAGCGAAUGCUCCUCGCCUGCUCCACCACGUCCGGAAUGAGGAACUCUUCGAUCAAUGGGUUAUUAAUCAAGUGAGAACUCUUUGGGUCAG